AUGGUUGUUAUAGGAGCAUUAGUACUCAUAGCUCAAUUGUAUUUCUUAUGGUUGAUCGGGCGAAGGGAGGACGAUAUGCAAUUACCGGAAGUAGCGCCAGCACAACCACCGCCAGCUGAGGCGGCGAAGACAAAGCGGCUCGGUGGCGGCGAUGAAAUAGUUUUCGACACUUUUAUUCAAGAGAAAGCAAAGGAAGAAGGCGGAUGUGCGAUCUGUUUGGUGGAGUAUAAAGAUGGCGAAACCCUAGCGGCGAUUACCGUUUGCAAGCAUAGAUGCGUGUCCAUGCUAUUUCCAUGGAGUAGCGAGCGGGAGAUAAUAGCACCAAUCCACACCAAUAAUCCACGUCCGCUUACGGUCGUUUUCGAAACUUUCGGCAAUAAAGAAGAAGGUGGGGCCCACGGCGGUGGCUGCGCAAUAUGCUUGGAGGAAUAUAAAUACGGAGAUGCUCUUGCGGGAAUCACUGCGUGUAAACAUAGGUACCAUGUUGCUUGUAUUAAGGCGUGGCUUGUGAACAACGAUACUUGCCCGAUUUGCAGAAGUACCAAUCUUGUUUGA